AUGGAAUUCCCGUUAGGAAUAUGUCUAGUACUUUUAACAGUUGCGGCAACAUUUAGUGAAGCGUACAAAAUUUUAGUCGUGUCACCUUUCCCAAGUAAAAGCCACACUAUUAUGAGUGAUGCUUAUGUCAAGUUUUUGCUUGAUGCUGGUCAUGAGAUAACAUACAUUAAUGCUAACCCAAGUAAUAACUCUAAUCCAUUGCUUCAUGAAAUUAAUGUCAGUGAAACUAAAAGGUAUUUUAAUUCUGAUUUGGUAGACAUAAAAAGUAUAUUAAAUGAUGAAGUUAAUAUCAAGGAUCCGGGUCAUUUUCUUGAAGCCAUUUUGAAUGUUAGUAAGGCAACAUUAGAGAAUCGAGAUGUAGCCAAAAUGAUAUACAAUCCAAACUUCAAAUUUGACUUGGUAAUAGCUGAAUGGAUGAUCAGCGAAGUAUACGCUGGAUUUUCGGCAUUAUAUGAUUGUCCAUUUAUUUGGUUUACAACACUGGAACCACAUUGGAUGAUAUUUUCUUUAACUGAUGAAGCUUCAAACCCUGCUUAUACAACUACCCCGAUGUCAACUAAUAUUACCCCAUUUACAUUUAAACAACGUGUGCAAGAAUUGAUACUGCAAACAUUUUUUUAUUUCAUAAAGGAAUGGAACGUUUACUAUACGGACAAAGAGUUGUACACGAAAACCUUUGCAACAGCAAUAGCACAAAGGGGAAAAGCGCUACCAUCUUUCGAUGACAUCAGAUUUAACGCUUCUAUGAUCUUAGGAUACUCUCACGUAUCAUUGGGUGAUGCCAAUACAUUGCCGCAAAGUUAUAAACCAGUUGCUGGUUUACAUAUUGAUCAAAACUUGAAGCCAUUGCCAGAGGAAUUAAAAAAUAUUAUGGAAAGAUCCAAAAAUGGCGUUAUUUACUUUAGUAUGGGCUCAAAUGUAAGGAGUCGAGAUAUCCCUGAUCAAAUGAAGACAAAGCUCAUUAAAAUAUUUAGUCAGCUUGAGCAAACCGUCUUGUGGAAAUUAGAAGAAGAAUUCCCUGAUUUACCAAAAAAUGUUCAUAUACUCAAAUGGGCACCACAGCAAAGUAUUCUUGCUCACCCAAACUGCAUCAUGUUUAUAACUCAUGGCGGUCUCUUGUCAAUAACUGAAGCCGUACAUUUUGGAGUUCCUAUUAUUGGAAUACCAGUGUUCGCAGAUCAGUUUGCUAAUGUAAAAAGAGCAGUUAAGAAAGGAUUUGCCAAACAAGUGGACUUGUCAAAAUCUAUGGCAGAAGACAUAGAUGAUGCUAUUCAGGAAUUGCUACGUAAUUUGAGUUAUCGCAACAAAGCGAAAGAGCUCUCGUUCAUCUAUCAUCAUCGUCCCAUAUCACCGGGCGCAGAAUUUGUUCAUUGGGUAGAACAUGUAGUGCGUACAAAAGGUGCUGCACAUUUACGUUCGCCUGCGUUUACUGUAACUUGGUACCAAAAGAUGUACUUGGAUCUGAUAGCUUUAUUAGCAAUAACAUUAGUUCUGAUCCUAACAUGCAUAAAAUUAACUUUAUGUGCGAGAAGCAAUAAGUCUCAUAAAAAGAAAAUGAACUAA